CCGAUUACGACUGCCCCACUUUAGCUGCGACCGAGGCUGAAAGUCACCACCAACGCGGCGCGUGAGCGAUUUGCAUUGCAUAUACAGUGUUUACGAUUUGCAUAAAUUCAAACCGCAAGUUCUAACGCUCCUAGUAUAGUCCACGUUUAGACACACAAGAAUGGCAGACGCACCAGUAAAGCAGGAGAAGGAGCAUGUGAAAGCUGCCCCUCCACCAGCCGACGUUGCAUCAGACCCGGAAGAAGACGAUCUCUCAGACCUGGACGACGUGCUAGACGAGUUCGCAAACACAAAGCUCGACUCCAAAUCACCUGCGCCCGUGUCCAAAGCCGCACCACCGCCCUCAGCACCAUCCACCUCAGGCCCAGGGAGACCGGAGGACGUUUCGCCCGCCGAGCUCCUCCUCCAGGAUGAAGACGAGUUUGCAAAAAAGCUUCAAGAGGAGAUGGCACAGUUGCUUGGGCAAGGCGACUUUCAAAAGCAGUUUGAGGACAUCAUGAAGGAAAUGAACAGCGAAAUGGGCGGCGACCAUCUACCCGCGCCAACAGCCGCAGAAGCAGCCGCAACAGCGUCCUCGUCGCUGAAGGACAGCAUACCCUCGAAGUCUUCCGAAUCCACCAGUAAAGCAGACAAGAACUUUCAAGACACAAUCAGGAAGACCAUGGAGCGCAUGCAAGAGUCUGGCGACGCCGCGUCCUCUGCUGCUGCAUCGUCGGCCAACCAAGACGAUAUCCUCGCGCAGAUGCUGAAGGAGAUGGAGAGUGGUGGAUUUGGGGGGGAAGGUAAUGAUGAGGACUUCAGUAAGAUCCUGAUGGGCAUGAUGGAGCAGUUGACCAAUAAGGAGAUACUGUACGAGCCCAUGAAGGAGCUUGAUGACAAGUUUCCUGCAUGGAUGGAGAAGAACAAGGACAAAGUGCCGGCAGAAGAUCUCAAGAGAUAUGAGGAGCAGCAGGUGCUGGUUAAGGAGAUCACAGGGCGGUUCGAGAGGAAGGGAUACAGCGACGACAACGCAAAGGACAGGGAGUACAUUGUGGAAAGGAUGCAGAAGAUGCAAGCUGCCGGCUCACCACCACCCGAUCUUGUCGGCGACAUGAAUGCUGCGCAGGAAGCGCUAGCAGGCAUGGAUGAAGGGUGUCCGACGCAAUAGUCUAUCGUAUGUGACAAAUGUAGCCACGGUAUACGAGAGGUACUCCGCAAUUGCUCAGCGUCACUUCUCAUGCUUG